AUGGAAGGUCCAGAAGGCGUUGAUGCUCGGAAUCGAGGCUACCACAACUGUCAUAUCGCAGGAUGUGGAAAAGUGUACAACAAGAGCAGUCAUCUGAAGGCACAUCUACGAUGGCAUUCUCAGGAGCGUCAGCCUGUGCGAAAGCCGAUUUAA